AUGAAGGGGAAGAUAGAGAAUGCAGAAGAGAACUCCUGCAUCUCCAUCACCUUCUUCCACCUCUUGUGGAUCAUGUGCCUGGUCAAGCUGCUGAGCUGUGGGGAGGGAAUCCGGACCCUGCUGUGGACCUUCAUCAAGUCCUUCCAGGCCCUGCCCUACAUGGCCUUUCUGAUUGUCAUGCUGUUCUUCAUCUAUGCAAUUAUUUGGAUGCAGAUCUUCCGACAAGAUGUGCUGCUGCUCUUCAAAUGCCCCUCCCUGGAGAGCCAGAUAGCCAUGGUGUGUCAGGAGGAGGUGUCACAGGACAAGACCUACAAUGUGAAGAUGAGCAAAGACGCCAAGUACUGCAGUUAG